AUGGCUGAAAUAAGACAAGCGGACCCUGUUCGACAGCUAAUCAUCAAAUCGCUCUUUUCAGAUUCUGUUGAGGAUCCGAGGUCACCAGGUCAAUCCUCAGAGUCAGAAAAGUUAGUCAGUUAUCUUAAAGUUAAUGAGGAGACUUGGGGAGGCCAGUCACCUACUGGUUUUGAUAGGCCCGCAUCGAUUCUAAGAAGAGGCAACAGGGCAGAUAAAACUCGUUAUCUUUUAUUAUCAGUAAAUAACCGAAAGGGCCGAGUACGUCUUCAUAAAGCCAAGAAAAAUGGUAAUACACAUUUUCAGAUUGGCAAGACAUGGCCUCUCGAAAACAUUGUUAGCGUUGAAGUUAUUGAUCCACAAACUUUUCUGAUGACCAUGAACAAGACAUAUUGUUGGUCUGCCGAAAAACAGCGUGAAAAAAAUGAAUUCUUGGCUAGUAUAUAUCAAAAACACAUUAACCGACUUCCACAGUUAAUCAAUGUUGGAGAUAAUAUACUUCGAGAAAUUCAACCUCGAUCAACGUUGAACGGCGAUACCGACAGCUAUGAAUUAGCAGCUUCACUGCAAUCACGACUAGAAAACAAGUCUCAGCCGACUUUCCCGCGUACAGUCGACCAAAGUUUGCUAAAUCUUGUGCAGAAUGACAGAUCAACACCUUCUUUAUCACGAGGUGGAGGAAGUGAAACACCGAUCAUAGGGAAUUACGCGGAUGACGAAGACUAUGCUAAACAAGAAGAAAUUUCUUUGAUAAAUGUUGAAGAACUGUUGAAUGAUUUUAACUGGAAGGAGACCGGAAAUGCAGCAGCGUUGGAAGAAAGAUUACUGAACGAAUUGGCGGCGUUGGAAGCUGCAAAUAUUCAUGCGAUGGUUGAAUCGGAUGAUAGACUCAACGCGGUUAUCCGACAACUGGAUAAAGCAAUAGCUGAAUUAGAUCAUAUGGAUCAAUGGUUGACUUUGUAUACUGCCGAGUUAAAUAGCAUGGGCGAAGAUAUUCAUCAUAUUGAAUCGCAAAAUCGUGGUUUGCAAGUACAAACAGCAAAUCAGAAAGCUUUGCUUGCAGAGUUGGAUAGGUUAAUUCAAUCAAUCACUAUUCCAGAUGAAGUGUUCUUAAUAUUACGUCAAGAAAAUUUAGAUACGGUUCAAGGUGUUCAACGUAUUGAAGAGGCAGCAGCUCGUCUACAAGCUGCAUUAGAAUCCACUUUCGAUGAAGCAACGCGAGAAAUGGUUGCGGUUAAAGAAAAAGUGGAGUUAUACAGUCUACACAGUAACGGAUUCUCCAACCGUCUCUACGACCAUUUAAAAAAAUCGUUCCAGUAUCAGGCAGAUAUUUUGAUGAAUGAUAAAAGUCGUGGUCCUCGACGUAAUAGUCUUACGGUCCUCGGACACGAGACCAUUGAAGAUUGUUUGUUGAAGUAUCGCGGGCUCUCGUUGUGGAUGAAAGAAAUUGAUCCGCGACGUCAUAAUGAGUUGCAGUCUUUAUAUGUGCAAGAAGUUGCGCCUAUUUAUCAAAAAGAAAGUAAAGAAUAUAUGGUACAAAUGCGUUCGAUGCUUUCGAAAAGGGAAUUGGUUGAGGAAGCGAGUUAUGUUUUUAGUGCUGCUUCACAUAUUCAAAGCCAUCGAUCUGGUCUCGCCAGCGGAAGUUCUGGUGACUUUAGUAGAGCACCAUGGGAAUACAAAGAUGCUGGAGGUGGAAAACUUCCACCCGAAGAGGGAUUUGAUCAAAUAAUGUUGACAAUCAUUCCAUUGAUUGUUCGCGAACAAAACUUCAUCUCGGAUUUCUUUCAUCUCGGCAAUAAAGGCCCGAAAACCUUUUUGAACCGAGAAGAAUUGAUGAAUUGGAAUUCCCAAGAGUUGAAUGCUAAACAAGAAUUAGCUAAUUUUAUCGAUUUCGGAUGUAAACAUGAUAACAUACAAUCAGUAGGAAUGCUUGUAGUACUUGACAAAUAUAUCUACGAGUAUCAAAAAACCAGUCAAGAAUUUUUGGUCAAGCUUUUGGGCGCUGUGAAAUUGCGCUGCAUUAAAAUAUUUGAGAAGUUCACUAAUGAACAAUUAAGAGCAAUUGAGGAUACAAAAGUCACUAUAAAGAAACGAAAAGGAAUCAUAUUAUUCAUAAAGCUGUUUCCGCGCUAUUGUGAACGUAUUGAACAUUCAAUGGAAGGAGAACUCGUGGAUAAAUUAGAAGUUCGUGAGAUUGUUAACAAGUCGUAUGAAAGAAUUGUAAAGACAAUGUUUGAUUCGUUGGAGGCUAUUGCAAAAGACACGGGGUCUUUGGCCGAUGAUAAGGAACAAUUGAAUGUUCAUACUAUGAUGUUGGAAAAUAUGCACCACUUUUACACGGAGAUUCUCACGCAUAAAAUUAGUGUCUUGGAGCCAUACGUGAAACACGCGAAAACUUCUUAUGAGAAACAUUUGGAAGCAUAUUCUAAAUCUGUUCUCCGAAAACCAUUUGGAAAAUUAAUAGAAUUUUUCGAUGGUAUAGCUAAAUUAGAAAAGACUACUGCAGCGCCAGAAGAAGUCGGUUUCCAUCUUCGAUAUAGUAAAGAUGCCCUAAAGAAAGUUAUAUCCCAAUUUCCAGGCAAAGAGAUAAAAAAAGGUCUCGAAUCGUCAUAUAGGCGCGUAGACCGACAUUUCACUCAAGAGGAGGGAUUACUUCAAGUUGUCUGGCUUAGCAUACAAACAACGCUUCUCGACUAUCAUAAACAAUUCACCGCAAGAAUCAACAAGUGUUACCCAGACACCAAUAUCUCGUUGGAAUUCACCACUGAAGAUUUAACAAAUUAUUUUUCAGAGCUGGCGCGGAAUCAUUAA